AUGGGGCACUUGCGAUGUAAUAUAAAGGAGAAGCUAUGCUUUGUCGCCUUGGAUUUCGCAGAAAUGCAAACAGCGGCAACGAGCUCAAGUUUAGAAAAAUCUUAUGAAAUACCUGAUGGUCAGGUUAUUACAUUUGGCAAUGAGCGAUUCAGAUGCCCUGAAGCACUCUUCCAACUCUUUCUUGGUAUGGAGUCUACAGGUAUCCAUGAAACUUGUUACAAUUCAAUCAUGAAGUGUGAUGUUGAUAUCCGUAAGGAUCUUUAUGCCAACACUGUCCUCUCUGGUGCAACCAUGUAUUCUGGUAUUGCUGACAGAAUGCCGAAAGAAAUCAUUGCCCUUGCCCCUCCCACAAUGAAAAUUAAGGUUAUUGCUCCACCAGAAAGAAAGUACUCUGUCUGGAUUGGUGGCUCCAUUUUGGCUCUUUCCACCUUCCAACAGAUGUGGAUCUCGAAACAAGAAUACGACGAAUCUGGACCUUCGAUGUGCAAGGAAAUGCUUCUAGAUUGCUUUUGA